AUGCUCGCCAAUUCCCUCGUCAUCGCCAGUGCUUUUUUGGCAUCCAGCACGCUUGCCUGGAACAAAGGUAUACAACGACCAAUCCAAUUGUUACAUCAACAUCAUCUGACCCAAUACCUAGAUGUCCACCAACAGAUCGGCUACAGUGCAGAGAAGCUCCUAACCAACACCACAAAGUCCAUCCUCUACCAGAUCCUCGAGCCUACAUACAACAACAGCAUUGGCCUCGCAGCAGCUUGGGCAGACGACUACGCUCACACCACCGAAGGCGCUUUUAGUUAUCAAUGGCAUUGGAUCGACUCUACAGACAACCCGCCACACUACUGUAAUGUAUACUACCAUCGCGACUGCCCCAAAGGCGGCUGUGUGGUCUCUGCCAUUGCAAACCAGACCAAUAUCCUCAAGACAUGCAUCAAAAGAGUCAAGAGUGGUGAAUUGAUGGGAGGGAAUGAUGUGCAGUGUUCGCAGGCGUUGAAGUGGGUUGUCCAUUUCCUGGGCGAUAUCGCGCAGCCUUUGCAUGCCUCUGGUGUUGCAGAAGGAGGAAAUGGCAUCGACGUCGUUUUUGCAAACAAGUCCACCGAGCUCCAUGCUGUGAGUUUCUUGCCAUGCUUCACUCUUUCAUGUUUCGUACAGUUGUUGACGCUAGAACGGGACAGNGUCUGGGAUGGCUAUAUCCCCUACGCCGACGCAAACGUCACCAGCUUCCCCAACAAAACCAUCCAGCCCUUCUUCCAAACCCUCGUCUCUCGCAUCCGCAAAGACGACUUUUCAAUCCCGACGUCUGAGUGGAUUGCUUGCAGCGAUCCUUCCAGAGCUUUGGAGUGUGCACUCAAUUGGGCUCGUGACAGCAAUGCUCUGACUUGCGAUUAUGUCUACUCGCAGCCAACCAAUGGCACAGAUCUAGCCACCAGCGGCUAUGCGACUGGCGCUUUUCCGAUUGUCGAGUUGCAGAUGAGUAAAGCGAUUUUGAGAUUGGGUACUUGGUUGAAUAGGUUGGUGGCGGGUGGCCAUGAGCGUGGAAAUGGCGCCGGUUUGCAGACAUGGUUGAUGGGCUCCGAGUAG